AGCAGGGCUCUCUAAGCGACGGGUAUGUAGUAGCUGUAGAGCAAGCAGCAUUAGUGCAACGAGGCACAGAAAUGACAAGAAUGAAGACCUUUUCAUUUCUUCUGUUACUAUAUGUAGCUUUCUCCUCUGCUUUUCCUGUGGCUCCAGGAACUGAAGAUGAAGACAAAAACACCCAGCUUGUGGAGAAUUAUCUGCGAAAUUUCUACAAGUUUGAACCAGAGAAGCAGUCUCCCUUUAAGAACAAAAAUACUAACCCUUUAACUGAAAAACUCAAGGAAAUGCAGACAUUUUUUGGGCUGAAAGUGACAGGGAAACCAGAUGUUGAAACUUUGGAGGUGAUGAAGAUGUCCAGGUGUGGUGUACCCGAUGUGGGUCAGUAUCGCCUCACUGAAGGAAAUCCAAAAUGGGAAAGAAAGGAUCUGACAUACAGGAUUGUGAACUACACACCAGAUAUGAAUCCAGCUGAUGUGGACAAAGCAAUCCAAAAUGCAUUUAAAGUUUGGAGCGAUGUGGCACCGCUGACAUUCAAAAGGAUCUAUGAUGGCACUGCAGACAUAAUGAUGUCUUUUGAAAUUGGAGAUCAUCGUGACAAUUCUCCCUUUGAUGGACCUAAUGGGCUCCUGGCUCAUGCCUUUCAGCCUGGCAACAAUAUUGGUGGAGAUGUGCACUUUGAUGAGGCAGAAUUUUGGACAAAAGGCUCAAAAGGAUACAACUUGUUCUUUGUGGCUGCCCAUGAACUUGGUCAUUCAUUGGGCCUGUCUCAUUCUGAUGAUCCCGGAGCCCUGAUGUACCCCACCUAUUCCUACAUUGAGCCUAACGAAUUUCGCCUUCCUCAGGAUGACAUUAACGGCAUUCAAGCAAUCUAUGGACAAUCAGAUGGCCCUAUUAAACCAACCGGACCCACAACACCAGUAACUUGUGACCCCAAACUGACUUUUGAUGCUGUCGCUACCCUACGUGGAGAACUGCUGUUCUUUAAGGACAGGUAUUUCUGGCGGAAGCAUUCUCAGAUCCCAGAGGUCGAACUCAAUUUCAUUUCUUUACUCUGGCCAAAUCUACCAUCUGGAAUUCAGGCUGCUUAUGAAAAUGUUGAAAAGGAUCAUGUUUUUCUUUUUAAAGAGAACAAAUAUUGGGUCCUCAAUGGAUAUGAAUUAGUGUACAACCACCCCAAAAGCAUCUAUGACUUGGGAUUCCCAAAAAAUGUUAAAAGAAUUAAUGCAUCCUACAGUGAUGAGAAUUCAGGGAAAACAUACUUCUUUGUAGGUGACAAGUAUUGGAGAUAUGAUGAAAACAGGCAGGCCAUGGAUCAGGGUUAUCCAAGGAAGAUAAUCAAGGAUUUCCCAGGAAUCGGAAAAAACGUGGAUGCUGUUUUCCAGCAUGAUAGAUACAUCUAUUUCUUCAUCGGAAACAGACAGUACCAGUUUGAUCCUAACGUCAAGAGAGUUGUCAGUGUCAUGAAAAGCAACAGCUGGUUUAAUUGCUGAUUCAUUCCAUGGACUUGUAUCCAACUUGUUAAAAUUAUUUUAUAUGUAAUAUUAUUAAUUUUUUAAUAGAUGUUAAAAUAUCAAAAAUAUAUUGUUCUGUAGUUUGAUCCUCUGGGAGUUUUGUCUGAAUAACUACAGAAUGUAACAGUACUGUUAUUAUGUAAUUUAUUGUAUUAUUAUAGACUGGACUUGCAAUUAUACAUAAAAUAUUAUAUAU